AAUGCAUUUGUUGGCUUCCCAUGGCCAGCUCCUCCCCCUUUAACUAUAGGGCUGGGGACAGGUCAGCCCAUCUACGGGUAUUAAAUGGUAACAAAUUCUGCGGGAUAAGAACACAAAGCAUGGCUCUCUCCUCUAAAGAACUCUCGUCUCUCUUAUCACUGUUAUCGGAGGAGACACUGGGAUCGUCUAGUCUUGAGACGCUGACCUCAACCUUCAAUCGUCAGUUCUCUAAACAAGACUCAUUCAGAGUACUGAAUGCAUUAGUAGUGCUCAUUCAAAUGAGGGACCUCCUCCCAGCCCCCCCACAAAGAUUAGCGGCCAUUUUCCUACUCUAUGAGGCGUACAGAAACGACCUUUCUCCCAAUCCAUUCUCGUACUUUUUUGCCGAGUUGUUACAGCCGAGAGAGAGGGAGGAGCAGCCGACUAGUGGGCUGAGCCUCUCCCUCGUGGAGGAGUGGUUUCUGGGGCAGCUCCUGGCCACCACCACACCCAGAGAUCUGUACAAGAAGACGCCUGUGUCCAUAGCGACUGUAGACCCAUCAUCCCUGCCCCCUGUGGACAAGUCGACUCUCCUGUCCCUCCUACCCCUGGCUGAUGUGCCUCCCUCCUCCCUCAUCGGAAUGUCCUGUGUUAUGGCUGACCCAGCUCUGCCAAGGCGUCGUGUUCCGGCUGAUGCUGGUCGUGUCGCUGAGACUAUCAUGUGUGGAGCUGACCAGAUCAUAGAGGUGCCCUUUGAACCCUCAUUUGAACGUCCCCUACCCCCUCUCUACACGUGCGAAAAUGAGGUGACGUGGCUCAACCCGAUUGAGAGCAACCACUCUAUCCAGUGGGACUCCCUCAUGUGUGCCAGUGGCUCUGAGACAAAGACCCUGUUUGAGAAGGCCUGUAAAGAUGCCCUCUCCCCUCCCGAGCAGAGCUUCCUCUCUCAAGCCUUUGACAGUGACCAGAGACUCGUGCAUAGUAUCGGACUCACUCCUGCCAAGUUAUCUCAACUUGUCGAGAAGAACCCGACCAUUGCUAUCGAAGCUCUCCUCAAGCUAAUAAACUCCACCCAGAUGGAAGAGUACCUGGCUGCACUGCUCAAUAUGGAGAUGUCUCUGCACUCGAUGGAAGUUGUCAAUAGACUGACCACGGCUGUCGACCUUCCACCAGAGUUCCUCCACCUCUAUAUCAGUAACUGUAUCAGGCGGUGUAGAGAGAGCACUGACAAGUCCAUCCAGAACAGACUGGUCAGACUGGUUUGUGUGUUCCUACAAUCUCUCAUCAGGAACAAGAUUAUUAAUGUUCAGGAUGAGAGCGUGGAGAUACAGGACUUUUGUGUGGAGUAUGCACGUAUCAAAGAAGCUGCUGCCCUUUACCGACUCCUCAAGGCACUGGACAAUGAACAAAGUGCAGGGAAAUAGUUAUUGCAUUGUUGAUUGGUUGUGAUCAAUUGUUUGUACUCACCUAUCCAAAGAUGAUCAUGACUUUUGCUGCUCACUUGUUCAUACCUAAGAAUGGUAUCAUGCAUUGUCAAAA